AUGGCUAGAGAGGCCGGCCUGGUACAAUUCAGCGAGAAUGAGGAAUGCCGUUUCCUCGGACCCUCUAGCGGCAUUGCCAUUACUCGAUUUGUGAUGGAUUUUGCCCGCCGAAAUGCGACUAGGAAGACUAUCAAAGAAGUCGUGUCACAGCAAUCAGCACAGGAGAUUAAAAACAAAUUCGAAAGCGAGAGCAGCAAACCGACAUCAAAGGUCUACCCACUCAUCAGCUCUGUCGCUGCACCAGAUCUGCCAAAUCGCGAACUCAUGGAGCAACUCGUCAACAUCUACAUGGUCAAAGCACAGUACAUGUCGCCACUUUUACAUGAGCCGUCGUUCAAGCAGGAACUCAACAAGGUGUACAACGGAACUACGGACCCAACAUUGAAUUUCCAAGUACGCAUGGUCGUUGCAAUCAGCAUGCAGAAGUUGGACACGCAGUAUGCUGGCCUGGCAGACAGCUACUAUCUUGCCGCUCUGCCGUUUCUGACGGGGGCAAUACAAAAGAAGGACCUGUCAACCUUGCAAUGCUAUGCGUUGAUCGCCCAGUACUCUCUGCUCACCCCAACCAGAACCGCUGCCUACUGGGUUGUUGGAAUGGCAACAAAGCUUUGUCAGGAACUUGGAUUCUGCGAAGAAUCUACCAUAGAGGCGUCUGUGGCUGGCUCGCGGCCCGAUUUCCUCGAGGUUGACAUGAGAAGACGCCUCUUUUGGAUCAUCAUGUCCAUGGAAUAUGGACUGUCUCACAGUCUCGGUCGUCCUAGCGCCUUUGGUGUCUCGGUCGACAAUUUGGACGUCAGGUUCUUUCAGCAGUGUGACGAUCGCUUCAUCACGCCCGAAGGACUGCUGCCAGGCCAUCAUCCUAUUAUGAAGAAGUGCAUAGCCAUACACUUUCUGAAAAUGAGGGUACUCCAAGCCGAGAUCCGCAAGACCCUUUACUUAAAGAAACGGCCGACGCCUAUCAGUGAUCAAGACCCUUGGUUCGCAGAUAUUUUAAGACGCAUUGACGACUGGGUAACAAGUUCGCCCCACAAUGACGAGGGAAGUGGUCUCAGUCCAGCCUGGUUCACCGGACGAAAGAAUACCAUGAUUGUCUUCCUGUACCGCCCUUCACCACAGAUUCCGAAUCCGUCUCUGGAUGCAGCCAUGAAAGCCUACGAUGCUUCUAUCUUCAAUAUUCAUCUACAGAAGAAACAGGUCGAAGCACGUCUGAUCGACAUAACGUGGAUCUUUACGCAAUCUAUCAAUAUGGCUCUGAACACAGUUUUGUGGUCAAUCUCAUAUGCUGCUGUAAGGCAGCUACACCCUCUACACGAGGUCCGAAGUCACAUCGACGCUGCACUUGAGGCCAUCAGCAUGUGCGCUGACAGGUGGCCGGGAGUUCGAUCUGCCGUUCAACUAUACGAAAAUCUCAUCCAAAGCUGUCUGAAAGCUUACGAUAGCGACCGCGUUGCUGAGUCGCCUUACUCCGACAACCUAUCGUCUGUGCAAGAUGUUAGCUCAGCAGUGUCGCAGGUUGCCCAGAGUCCGUCAAGCGUGACGAGUGCCUCGAUAUAUGGCGCACAGUCUCCUCAAACCAUGAACGCCCUGCCAGCCACAACCCAGGCGUUGAAAGCCGGCCAUCAGGGUGCGAGUAUGACAAACAUGGGUUUGUCCCCAGCUAGUGCAAGUGGAAUGAGUGCGCCACACUCUGCAACUAGUGUGCCUUACUAUAUGCCCGUGUCAGGCCAGACGACUUCUACAGGAGCAACUCAUUACAGUCUCCCGACCUUCGAUCCGUUCCAAAGUGCCAUGCCGAUGGGUGGCAGUGUAGCACAGUGGAAUCAUCCAGUCACGUCGACUGCGGCCAGUAUGGGAUUUCCCCAGUCCCCGGACUUUGCGUUCAGCACUCCACCUUGGCUGCCCGCUUUUGGCGAUGAGUACUCUCGGUAUCUACAUCAGGCAUAUGGGCCUAGCACGAAUGAGAUGCAGUCUUUAAGCGAACAGCAACAGAUGGAGCUCAUGCAAUCCCUGGAGCACUCCCAGUUACCAGACGUCUCCAACAUGGUCAGUGAUGCAACAACAUAUUACACAGUUGGUCUGCCAUAA